AAAAGCAGAACUUUAAGCAGAUAUUUCUACUAAAUGUAUACAGUGGAUUUUUUUUUAAUCACCCUUCGUGCUCUUUAUAAGGGAGCCAUUUCAUGCACUAGGCAACAUAGCUUCUUAGUCUUAGUAGCAAAUACAUAGCAACAUUUAUUAAUUCUGUGGUUAACUAAUGCUGAUGGAUAAAAAGAAAGCUGCUAGAUUUAGCAACAUGCUCUAUCUGGCUAAGCCUUAUUUGUUAUGUGUUGGGUUACAAAUUGGAAUGGCUGGAACAUUCAUCAUUACUAAGGCUUGUCUGGAUCGUGGAAUGAGUCGCUUUGUGUUAACUGUGUAUCGCAAUGCCGUUGCUGCGUCUCUUCUUGCUCCUUUUGCCAUUAUCUUUGAAAGGAACGAAAGGCCGAAAAUGACCAUGUCUAUCUUCAUGCAGAUACUGGCCCUUGGAUUUCUUGAGCCAGUGAUUGACCAAGGCUUCACUUGUUUGGGGAUGCAAUACACUUCUGCUACUUUUGCAUCUGCUAUUAUGAACGCUGUACCUUCUGUAACCUUUCUUAUAGCAGUAAUUCUCAGAUUAGAAAGUGUAAAGUUGAAGGAGGUACGCAGUCAAGCGAAGGUAAUAGGAACCUUGGUAACCUUUGGUGGGGCUCUGUUGAUGACACUUUACAAAGGGCCCAAAAUCAAUCUUAUAAAUAAUCCAAACAGCUUCCAGAAAGAUGAAAGGCAGUCCCUUGAAGAUGACAAACACUGGUUCACAGGGACCCUAUUUUUAUGUCUUGGUUGUUUGGCUUGGUCUUCCUUUUACAUAUUGCAGUCCAUAACAGUGAAAAGGUACCCUGCCGAACUAUCGUUGUCGUCGUUGAUAUGCUUGGCCGGUGCAUUGCAAAGUGCUGUGGUUGCUCUGAUUGCAGAUCACAACCCUCGUUCUUGGGCUAUUGCUUUCGACUACACACUCUAUGGCCCUCUUUAUGCUGGAAUAAUGAGUUCAGGAAUAGCAUAUUAUGUACAAGGGCUGGUAAUGAAAAGCAGAGGACCUGUGUUCAUGACAUCCUUUAAUCCUCUAUUAAUGAUCAACGUUGCUGCUUUUGGCUCCUUUCUUCUUGGAGAACAUAUCUACGUAGGAAGUAUCAUUGGCGCCACAAUUAUCGUACUGGGGCUUUACUCAGUGGUGUGGGGUAAAGCCAAAGACUAUCCACUCCUCGAACAGCCAUCAGCAACAGCAACAAAGGACACAGAAGCACCAGAUCUCCCAAUAAGCUCAUCAACUCAUAAAUAGUAGAAUCUGGUUCUGCUUUCCAUAAUAAAAGAAAUAGUCCUUCUUAAAAGAAUAAAUUUUCAGCUCUUAAAUGUUAAAUUCUAGAGACUGAAUUAUUAUAUUUGAGAGUUUUUUUUUUUUUUUUAAUUUGAAUAAUCAAAAUCAAGUGUUGAUCUACUACUCUUAUUAUUGUUAGUGUUCAAAUCAAGGAGUAUUGUGAGACUUGUUCAUGGAAAAAGUAAAAUAUGUAUCGAUUCUUCUUUUCGUC